ACCUUCAUCGCGGCUCCUCCUCCUCCUCUAUUACAGUGCGAGGGGAACUUUCAUGCAGCGUGGGUAAUUACUACGAGUCGAGGCAGCAGCAAAGGAAAGUCAGACUUCACUGUCGUGUAGCGGGAGAGAGAAAGAAAGUGUCCAAGGAAGAACUUUUCAGAACAAACAAGUUUAGUGAAGACGUGUAUUUAUUGUAUUAUUUGUUUAUCUGUGUCGUUGUGGUUGAAAGUCGACGCUAUUUUUUUGGAAGAAGCGCAGAGAAAGUCUGGCACGUGCGGUGAUGUAAGAGGAUACAGGAGGUGGAAUUAAAGCCGCGAUGUACGCGCCGUCCACAGAGCAAGAGGAGGCAUCCACGCGUGUCCUGCAGCCUCUGUGGGAGCAUGUGAAAGCAGGACAGGAGGAGAUCCUGCUCUCUCCGUACCUGCCCGCGUCCUUCGCCUUCCUGACGCACGUUCUCUUCUGCGCACCUUUCCUGGCGCUGGACGCGCUGUCCAUCUUCUGUGUGCGCGUCCGCUCCUGGAGGAUCCCCGCAGGCUCGCAGCGGCCGCCGCCUGUCAGCCGCUGGUUUGGCUGCUUUUGGAGUGUGCUCUUCCGAUACCUGACCGUCGUCCUCCCGGUCACCGCGAUCUUCCAGAGUCUGCGCUCCCCCACGCUGCCGCUGCUGGCUCCAUCCUGCUGGCAGCUGUUCGUGGAAGUCUACGCGUGUUUGCUGCUUUUUGACACGCUCUUCUUCAUAUGGCACUUCUCUCUGCACUGGUUUCCCUGGCUCUAUCGCAACAUCCAUCAGCCGCACCACCAGCACCACGUGCCCUUCGCUCUGGCAGCCCAGGAUGCCAGCUCGGCCGAGCUGCUGUCUCUGCUGCUGCUGGCUCUGAGCAGUGCGUGGCUGGUGGGCUGUCACCCUCUGAGCGAAGUCCUCUUUCACCUCCUCAACAGCUGGAUGGCAGUGGAAGACCACUGCGGCUACAAUCUGCCCUGGGCUCUGCACAGAGUGCUGCCUUGUCUGGGAGGAGCCCCCUUCCACCAAGCCCACCACAGGCUGCACAGGGGUAACUACGCCCCCUACUUCACCCACUGGGACCACCUCUUUGGCACAUACCACAUGUGAAUGCUGUAUACACAAGCAGAGAGAGAGAUGACACUGCUACAUGCAGCCAUUUACUGUGAAGGAUUCAGGAUUCAGAUGGAGCAGCUUUUCAAACGCACAACUAACAGAGAACAUUUUUAGACAUAUUAUGGCACAAUUUGCAGACUGUAUCUGAAGACACUGUACUAUAUUACUACUUCAAACAAGACUGUAUUCAACAUUCUUUCAUUUAUUCAUUGUCUAGUGCUUUUAACGUCCUGGGUAUGACACUAAACUGCAUCCAGGCAGAGUGGGGAGGUCAUGCGUGGGAUCAGUGCAACCUGAAAACCUAUAAAAGCUCACAGGUGACCGUGACUACUCACUCUGUGACUGGCGAGUGCGGUCGGUGCCACAAAACUGAGCUGGGGUUACUAGGGUUUGGAACCUUCAAGUCUCCAACGGCAGAUGAGAGCAGCGCCUUAUAUAUUAAGGCAGACCUUGACUGUAAAUCAAGUCUUCCGGCAGCUCACGGCAAGCACUCCAACCAGACCCAGCACGUCUCCAUCCCAAAUGGUGCCGCUGGAGAAGGCAGGUGCCCAAAGUGCGUGGUUCUCAGGCUCGCAACGUGCGCUCCACUGUAAACAAACUCACAUGAAAGGCUAUUCGUGCCAGAACCAACAAGCCUUAACUUCUCUUCCACUCUGCUCUGGGCUUGAACAGACACAUCAUCAGAUACCGUCACCCCCUGAACAACAGCAAUUGAGGCCCUGAUGUGGAACUACUGCUCGGACACGAGCGACUGCCUAAACCGCUUUAACACAUUCCAGCUUCACACAAAAAGGCACUUGGUUGAACUUGGGUCUUUUUUGCCAAAACGCUAAAUUGCAAGCCACUCGUCCACCAUGUGGCCAAUUUCCUUGUUAAUGUCUUUUAGCAGUGCAAUGAGAGUGUGAGUGCAGUCAUUGCUUUUGGAAUUGUUCUACAGAACAUGCAGAUUGAUUGAUUGAUUUUGAUUUAUUUGAAAGGGACCAUGUGCAAUUAAAAACAUAAAUGUCACCAUUUGAUGCAUUACAUCUGCAGUCCCUACCUAAAGAUAAAUACAACACGGAUAAAACAUCAAAUGAAGUUAAAGGUAGGGUCGUUUUUCAAGAGCCUAACUUAGCAACCCGACUUUAUGCUAAGAUAUAGCUGUGAAUGCUUAUCAGUGUAUAAUUUGUGAUGAAAUGUUACGUCUUACAAUGAAAAUAUAUUCACUGUUAAUUUUGA